GCUCUCGUUCAAGGUCGGAUAUUGGCACGAGUUUGGCCGACAUUUAGCUGGUUUGGGAAGCCAUUUGAAUAUCGAAUUGAUUCUUCGUCAGAGUAACUCAGUUUGUCUAUCUCUACAUCAGAAGUCCGACGGAAGAAGAGAACUGUCGAUUUUCUUGCUUACCUGAAGGCUAUCCGAUCGCCACACAUGCCAAAUCCCACGUGUCUUUGUUCUAGCGCUAGCCGAUCGAAAUUUUUGACAGAAGUCUGGGUGACCUUCAAAAAUGCGGUACCGAUUUCAUUGACAUACUUGGUUCAGAACAGCCUACAAACUUCGAGUAUAUUUCUUUGUGGUCGCUUAGCUGGUCAAGAGGCUCUCAGCGUCGCAGCUAUUUCUUACAUGUGGAUCAUGGUCACGGCGGGCUGUAUUGCUUUCGGCGGGACGACGGCAUUGGACACAAUGGCCUCUACCUCCUUCACCGCCUCUCAUGAUAUACAUCAGGUGGGAAUUUUAUUGCAACGUGCUAUGCUGAGUCUGACGAUCAUCUAUUUGCCCUUUGGCGUCAGUUGGUGGUUCAUGGAAACUAUCCUCCUAGCCCUUGGUCAAGACCCCAAGCUUUCACAAGACACUGAAGCAUUCAUGAAGAUACUUUCCUUUGGAAUGCUGCCCUAUAUAUGGUUCGAAGCUGUUAAAAAGUUUCUUCAAGUUCAAGGUAUCAUGCACGCUUCGACCAUUGUGCUAGUUGUGGUUUCUCCAAUCAACGUCUUCUUGAAUUGGUUUUGUAUUUCUAAGCUCGAAUUGGGGUUUCGUGGCGCUGCGUUGGGGACGAUGAUCACAUACUGGCUUGCAUUUUUGAUGAUAUGUGUUCUUGGAAAGACCAUGGGAGGCGGAAAAGCCUGGGGAGGUUGGUCACGCCAAUGCUUUAAAUCGUUGUGGCCUAUGUUCAAGCUCUCGAUCUCCGGUUUUGUGAUGGUGGGUACGGAAUGGUGGGCAUUUGAAAUCGUCGCUCUGCUUGCUGGAAAGGUUUCAGUAAAGGCCAUAGAGGCUCAGUCGGUGAUUAUGACCCUAGAUCAAAUUUCUGCAACACUUCCGUUUGGGGUGGGCGUAUCAGCUUCCGCAAGGAUCGGUCAUCUUCUCGGUGCUCGUCAACCUAAUAGAGCCCGUUGCGCUGGAUCAGCUGCUGUUUUUCUUGCUACUCUCGUUGGAGGCUCGGUGACGAUCCUAUUAAUGUCAAACCGGAACAGAUUUGGGUCGUUUUUCACUAAGGAUGAUGAAGUGAUUAGAUUGGUGACUGAUGUAUUGCCAUAUGUGGCUGCAUUCCAGAUUGCUGAUGGAUGGGCUCAAUCAUGUGGUGGAACAUUGCGAGGAGUUGGCUUGCAACACGUUGGAGCAAUUGUGAAUAUUAUAGCAUAUUAUCUUAUAGCUCUACCACUUGGUAUAGCUCUUGCCUUCUGGGCAUCGAUGGGUCUUCCAGGAUUAUGGCUUGGACAGUGCGUCGCUUUAUUCCUCGUAGGGAUUACUGAGUUCACAAUCAUCAAGUCGAUCAAGUGGGCAGAUGAAGUUGAUCGAGCUGUAGAACGUCUUGGAUCAGAAGCUUUGGAUAUCGCACCAAGCUUGAGCAUUUAA